UGCAUUUUUCUCAAUUUUACACAUAGUAUAUGUUUUGUAAAAUAAGAAAAAAGUAAACAUCAGGGGACUGACCUUUGUUUGUCAAUGGAGUUCUUAGAUGAAGACGCCAAACCCAGAUUUCUCUUCCAAUCAAAGCCAUUGCAGCAAUCCAAUUCCGAUCCGGAAACCCAAACCCGUUCUCUAUACCGACCCGGAAUCAUCAUCUCCAUCUCUCUUGCUGUUCUUUUCUUCGCUCUUUCGAUCCUCUAUUUCUCUUUUGAACCCUUCGGAUCCAUCUUCUUAUGGAUCUCUCUUUCCCUCCUUGUCGGACCUUUUGCUCCUUCUUCUGUCACAGGUGGUGAUAUCCGGGUCGGACUCGGAGAACCCAUUCAAGACCCGCCUAAAGAUGAUCUUUCUGAUACCGAACCAGAUACGAAAAAAUCAAACAGAAGAUCUAACAGACCCACCAAGAAAAAUGUUGACUUUGAGCCUGUGUUAGCUACCAAUUAUGAUCUAAAACCGGAGAAAACUAAUGGGUCGGUGGCAAAUUCGAAGAAUAGUAAUGGGUCGGUUGCGAAUCUGGAGAAAAAAGUGGGGGAUGGUGUGUGGAAUGAAGGGGAUGAGGAGUUGUUGAGGAAGAUGAUGGGGAAGCAUCCAGUGGGGAAACCGGGGCGGUGGGAGGCGAUAGCAGAUGGAUUUAACGGGAGAUACAAAGUGGAAAGUGUGAUUAAGAAAUCUAAAGAAUUGGGUGAGAAGAAAAUGAGUGAUGGGGAUUCCUAUCAGAGGUUUUUGAAGGACAGGAAAACAGUUGAUAAGAGAGCUGAGGGUGGAAAUGAGGCUGAUUUCGAAAAUGUGGAGGCGAAAAAGGCGGUGGAGAGUGGAUGGAGUAGUGGGGAGGAUUUAGCUUUGCUUAAUGCAUUGAAGACAUUUCCAAAGGAAGUGGCAAUGAGGUGGGAGAAAAUAGCAGCUGCUGUGCCUGGGAAGAAUAAAGCAGCUUGUAUGAAAAGAAUGGCUGAGUUGAAGAAGGAUUUUAGAAGCUCUAAGUCUGCUAAUGCUGAAGCUUAGGCAUAAAGAUCAGUUAUUAAUUCAAAUCUCAUAGGAAAAUUUUCAGCUAUGUUGAGGUUUGAAAAGGACUUAAAAAUCUCAUGUAUCAAAAAAGUAUUUCAAAAAUAUCCAUAAAGUUGAUGAAAAAUAAUGCUCCAUGAAAAGACAGUGACAUAAGUGGAGUUCAAGGAGGAUAAGAUGUACGUAGACCUUACCUCUGCCUCGUGGGGAUUGAGAGGUUGUUUCCAAUAGAUUAACGACAAUAUCAUUUCUAUUUUGUUGCUCAUAGGUGGAGCAUUUGAUCAGUUGUUUGGAGAAUCUAGUCGUUUGCUGAUCUUGAGGGAGGGGAAGGAGAAAAUGUGGAUUUUUAUUUAUCCUAGUGAAGAAAGAAGGUUUAUUUAAAGGGUGAUUAUGGUUUUUAAAAAGUCGAUUGGACCGAUCAGAUCGAAUCAUAUCGAAUUAAUUUUUGAGAUUUACAAAAAUACAAUGUUAAGUUUGUUCUU